GCUGUCACUAUUAGACAAGUCACAGAUUAACACUAGAUUUAGUAUUUAGUGUUAGUGUAUAGUCUUUAUAUCGGCCGUAAGUUUAAGAAUUCUUUAUUUUGGGCAAUGAUGUAUAAUACAAUAGACUAACAUAUGAUAUUGUGGUUUGUUUCAAACAAUAACACUUAUCGACUAUAUGCAGAAUAAUUUAAUAAAAGUGUAAAAAAAUCAAAAUUGGUAACAUAAGUUAAUACGAAAUAUAAAACAACUAAUGGAUUGGAUGUCCCAUAACCAUUCCCGUUCUCUUUCGAGUCGUUUGGAUUUAGCACGAGCAACUCAAGCAACUGAAUUCGUACCAAGAGUAAUAAGUUCUAGUACAUCAGCUUCACCCAAUUUUUUCAGUGCCAAUACAACACUUCAUCCUAUAACAAAGAAAUUAGAAGAUGGGAAUUUAUCUUCGUCUCUUAUCUCCCCCGAAUCGUCUUCCCCGCCGCUAGUUAACAAUACAUCUCUCAUAACUAGCUCCCCUGUACAGUCAGAUAAAGUAGCAUCUAGUCCAUCGUCAACUCUGCCGGCUUACCAGGAAAAUGUUGGUGGCACCACCUACUUUUACCAGUUUCAUUCUACCCCCGAAAACUGCCAACCAGGUGAAAAUCCAGCGACUGUAGCUGGAUCCUUACCUUCUGAAUACAACGUUUACACAGGAAAAAAAGAUUCGUCGUUUUUUUUAUCUGAAGACCUCCGCAAUGAUAUUCUAAAUAGAAAUGUAUUGACACUAUUACAACCGGAUCCUCAACAAUACCCCGACCUUCCCCAGGAGGUCGAUAGCUACCAUCAACUGUUCCCGUUGGAGCCCAUAUCAAAUACAUUGCACAAAGCCCAUUUGGGCUACCAAGCUACCAUGUACAAAGCCACUCACACCAAAACAGGGAUACAUUAUUGCUUGAGAAGGAUUCACGGCUUCAGAUUAUCGAAUACAAAGUGUAUGGCGUACGUUGAAUUAUGGCGAAAACUCACUCAUUCCAAUAUAGUUCAAUUAAAAGAAGUUUUUACUACGAAAGCUUUCGGCGAUACUUCUAUGAUGUUUGUAUAUGAUUAUCAUCCGGGUUCGGAAACUUUACUCACCAAACAUUUCUCUCCAGAUCAACCGGGUUACUGUGAUCCUUUUUUAAAUGAUAGCUCAACGCCUAGACCUUACAGUUAUCAAAAGAAUAAUUUAUUAAGGCACACGCAAAAUAAUAAACUUCCCGAACCCCUAAUUUGGAAUUAUAUCAUUCAAUUGACGUCGGCUUUGAGGGUUAUACAUUCCUCGGGUUUGGCUUGCAGAAGUUUGGAUCCAACGAAAAUUAUUAUCAAUUCUCGAAACAGAUUGAGGUUAAGUUGUUUAGGAGUAAUGGAUGUGGUGCUUCACGAACCGAAUUCAACGAUCAAUCACAUAGCGUUAGUUCAACAUUAUCAACAAGAAGAUUUGACGGCAUUGGGUAAAUUGGUAUUGGCUUUGGCUUGUAAAUCGACGAUGGCGGUACAAAGGGAAAACAUAUCUACGGCGUUGGAUAUAAUAAGUCGUUCGUAUACAACGGAUCUCAGAAAUCUUAUUAUGUAUUUAUUGGCGACGCAACAAAGAAGAAGCGUUACCGAUCUUAUGCCGAUGAUAGGAGCUCGAUUUUAUACUCAAUUAGAUAAUUUGCAUAAUCAUAUUGAAACGCUCGAUCACGAAUUAUCCAAGGAAGUACAAAACGGCCGAUUGUUUAGGAUCAUGACCAAAUUGGCUACGAUAAACGAACGACCGGAUUUUAAUUUGGAAAGCACUUGGGCUGAAACUGGAGACAGGUACAUGUUGAAAUUGUUCAGGGAUUACGUAUUCCAUCAAGUGACAGAAGACGGGAAUCCGUGGCUGGAUAUGGCGCACAUAGUACAAUGUCUGAACAAAUUAGACGUCGGAGUACCGGAAAAAAUCAGUUUGGUAUCUAGAGACGAACAGAGCGUCCUCGUCGUUUCUUACGCCGAACUCAAACAUUGUUUAGAACAAUCGUUCGGCGAAUUGUGCAAUUCGUCGACGAAUAUUCACGAUUUGAGUAGAUUGUCCGGCAUAUCGGUCGGAAUCGACGAAAAGUUAUAAAAAUCGUCGAAUGUCUGUGUUAACAUUUGUCGGGCCAGUAUCCUCCAUCUUGAAUUUUUUCAUUAACUUAUUUUUUUUCGAAACGUUCGACAUAAUUUUUUAUAAAAUAUUUGUCGUUUCCAUUUAAUUUAAGUUUAUUUUGAUGACUUUUUUUUUCUCUUUAAUAAGACGAAUUGGCAAUUUUUUUUUAAUUUUGAUAAAUAUUCGAAUUUUUCUACGAAUGCUUCGGAAUUUAACGUCAAAAAUUCUGACAUUUUUUGAAAAUAUGAGGAAAAUCUGUAAAAUUCUAGAAAGAUUGAGGUAUGUGAAAGAAUUUUUGAAAAAUUCUUGAGAGGAUUGUCAAGUUUUCAAAAGUUCUAUGAAUUAAAUAAAAUUUUUUUGAAAUUUCUGUAAAAUUAGUAAAAGAUUUUGGAAAAUGUCAAAGAAAUGUAAUGUUUGAAAUUUUUAAAAAAUUCUUUGAAAUUUUAAAAAUUCUUGAGAGGAUUAUACAAGUUUUCAAAAGUUAUUAGCAUUAAAUCAAAAUUCUUCGAAAUCUCUAAAAAUUUGAAAAAUUUUUUGGAAAAUUUACGAAAAUAUGGAAUGUUUUCGAAAAAUGUAAUAAAGUAUUUGAACAAUAUAAAAAAAUUUUGAAAUUUCAAAAAAACAUGAAACUUGGAAUUUUUGAAAAAUUGAAACGAAAUUUUUAUGUUUUUUAUAAGAAAUUUUAAUGUUUGAAAAAAUUUACAAAAUUAUACAUUUUCUAUUAUUUUAAAAAAUUGUCUUAAAAUUGCAUAGAUUAAAAAAUCACCAAAAAAAUUCGAGAAUAAUUGAAAUUUGUCAUAAUUUUAAUAAUUAAAAAAAACUUCUCCAAAAUUUUAAAAAAUCGAAUGUCGUUUGAAUAAUUUUGACAAUUUUGAGAACAUUUACAAAGUAUGAAAAACUGACAAAUUGAUGAAAAAGUUUAGCAGAAUUGGGGAGAAUAUAAAAAACUUGAAAUUUUAAAAAAUUCCAUGAUAUUUUGGAUAAUUGAAAAAAAAACCUAUAAAAUGACAAAGCAUCAUUUGAAAUAUUCUAUUUUCAAAUUCAGAAAAUCACAAAAAAUUCUGAAAGAAAAGUGCUUGAAAACUUGAAAAAAAAACUCUGGAAAUUGCAAAUUUCCAAAGAAAUCAAAUCAUAUUAAUGCCAAAAAUGUCUAUUAAAUUUCUAUUUUAUUGAUUUUCAUCUGAUACAGCUCGUUGUAUUCAAUUUUCAUAUACAAAAUUUUCUUUGAUAUUAUAUCCUUGUGGACAGACUAUUUUCACCUUUUGUGGAAUGUAGGGUGACUUUUAUUAAUUUUUUUUUUAAUUACAGAAUGAAUUUGUGUACGUACAUUUUGUCGUUUAAUAAUUAAAAAUAAUAAUGGAAACUGGCCCGGAUUACGUACUAUAAAAUUGUGUUGUUGUGAGUGUUACGAAAGGAUGUGGUUGGUUGGUUGGUUUAACAAUAGUGAUUGUUUACCAAAAAUUAGGUUUUCAGUAAUAUUCGGAAAAAGAAAAAACAAAAUAAAGAAAUUACCAUUUUUAAUAUUUUGUUCGUUUCGAAAUAUUAUUGAAAACACAGUUCCAUUUUUUGAGUACUAAAAUAGAUAUUUUUUGCAUAAGUUAUAUUUUUCUUUAAAAAAAGAUGUAUUAAAGUCAAUAAAUUCAAAAAAAAAUAUAAUAA